AUGGAUGCAGAGCUGCUUGACAGCAUUCUCACGGCGUAUAAAAAACUGAGGAUGGAGUUUCACAAACUAAGGAAUGAAAUAAGAAGAAUGUAUAGCAACACUAAGAAGAGUAUAAAACACGAAAUAAAAGGUAUAAAGACGGAUAUGGGAAGUUCUGUGAAAAUGAACAAGAGAGUUAGGGGUGGUAGCGGUACAGUAAGGAACAGAAAUGUAAAUAACAGAUUUGGUAAAUUAGAGAAUAGGAAAGUGAAGAGAAAGGAUGUGGUUAGUGGUAAUAGAACAGAUAAAUCGGUGAAACAAAGGAUGAAUGGAGGAGCGUGUAGAAUAGUUGAAGUGAACAAACAGGAUGAGCACAGAAUAGUUGAAGUGAACAAAUUAGAAAAUAAAAACGGAACAAAUAAACCGGAAGAAUACAGAGCGAUUGAAGUGAUUGAUAACCGCAAUGAGCACAUGAUUCGAAAUAAUGCAGCAAAUGUUGCCUUGAUGAGCCGUUCUGCACGUGGUAACAAGGACGUAACGAAAACGGAGAAAGAAGGUGUACGGAUGAAAAACAAAAACAAUCUGGGCUCGUUCAUGAAAAUGUUACAGGAAGAAACAGAAUAA